ACCACAGUGUACUUGUGUACUUGAAUGCACCAUUAUCUGUAGCACACAAACAGGGGUUGAGGUCUAUGAAUCUGAGGGGGUCAUGUCCCCGUCGUCCCUAGUGCCAGCUGCACCCAUGGUUAGGUGUCUUGCCAAUGACCACAUCAGCAUGUAGCGCUGGUGGACAACUUGUCCUUUGUACCUUCAGCUCUUUUAACCUCAGCCACGUUCUUCUAACCAAAGCCUUCACAUUCUCGUUCCUUUUCUUCCUCAGAACAAGGAGAACAAAGACAAUCCAGGUAUUAGAGUUUCCAGCUUCCUCACAUCAAUACCGUUGGUGUCUAUGAGCUGCAGAAAGACAGAGGAGUGGAUUUCCUGACAGUCCUGACACACUAGAGAAAAGCCUGUCGUAGCUCCAGCAGCAGAAGCAGUCGACACCAUGUCGUCAUCUCCUCUUCCUGUGGCGUCUCUUCCUCCCAGUCCCCUGGCCAUGGAGUACCUGAAUGACUUUGACCUCCUGAAAUUCGAGGUGAAAUCGGACACUCCUCCAAUGCCUCCAUGUUCGUAUCCCAAAUCUGGCCUCAGCAAUGACCCGUCUAAAUCCCCAUACAGCAGCCAUCCUCCACAGGACUCCAGCCUAAGCUCCAGCCCUUACAACUCCCUGCCACCCUCACCAACACUUAGCGAUGCUCACCCACCACCUUCUGGCUCUUCUUCCCUCUCUUCAUCCUCCUCCUCUAUCUCAUUCCCCCUCUCCAUGUCCAACAACUUCACCUCUGGUGUCACCUCGGGCUCACAGAUGAAUGUAGAAGGCAGCCUGGGUCACAGCGGACCUCAGGGUCCAACUCCAGCUUCCCUAGAAGACCUGAUUUGGCUGGCAGCGUUACAGCAACAGUUUGGUGGAGAGGUGACAGGGCCUGCCACUCUGCUGGGAGGCUUAGGUGGAGUACCAGAGAGGGGGGAAAGAGACAAGGGGGGUGUAAAUGGCUUUUAUGGAUGUGAGGAUGCUGUGGAGGCCUUGUUAAACUCAGCUGCUGCGGCUGUCAGCUCACAGUUUCCAGGACUUUCUCAGAGUUCAACCAGCAACAUGGGUGACUCCGGCAGUGACAGCGGAGGAGACAUCUCCUGCACCAAGGGGACAGAUAUGUGCCACCGCCCUCUCGUGUUUCUGUCAUCCGCCCCUGUCUCACUCCCCAACACUGCCCACCCUGCAGGUCCCUACCCACAACCCCUCAGCCCCCAGGGCCGCCUUCUUUACCAUCAUCAGCAUCACCAUCAUCCGCCCAAUCAACACCAUUCCAUGCACGCAAACCACCAACCUCAUCAUCAAGUUAAUCAGUGUGGGGCGAAUGAGCGCUUCUCCGAUGAGCAGCUGGUGAGCCUGUCGGUGCGUGAGCUAAACCGACACCUGCGUGGAGUGAGUAAAGAUGAGGUGGUACGCUUGAAACAGAAACGACGCACGCUCAAGAACCGUGGCUAUGCCCAGUCCUGCCGCUACAAGCGCUUACAGCACCGCCAUGCUCUGGAGUCAGAGAAACAUGUACUUUCACAACAGCUGGAUCAGCUACAGUGUGAACUAACUCGGGUGUUGAGGGAGAGAGACACCUACAAAGCUCGCUACGAGAAGCUCCUCAACACAAACUCCAGCAACGCAGGCAGCACUCCAACAACAAAUAGUAGGAGCUCGCCUUCUCAACCCCCCGAUUACUUCCUCUGAGUUUGAGGAAAUUGAAGGGGGGAAAAAGAACAAUUUCAGCCACUGUGAAGCUUUCAGCAGGUAGUGAUCAAACAUCAAACACAUCCAGAGUGGGAAAAUAAGUAAUCACAAAUCGUUAGCCUCAUAGCAUAAUGGCAAAGUGGUAUUUGAAAGUUAUGGAAUAUAACAAGCACUCUGAUUGGCUGUGAACAUAGUGAAUAUGGCACAUGAAUCAGCAGCAUUAGGAGGGCAGGGUUGGGCAGAUAUGGCCUUUUGACCAAAGUAUAACUAAAUGUAGGAAAUUAUGCUAUGAGGCUAACAAUAAGUAAAUGUAUGAACUUUUGUUUGUAAAAAAACAAACCUAAAGGUACUUGUUGGCCGGGAGUUUUUGGGGUUAAAGAGCUGUGAAAUACUGUAAAUGGUCAGUGGAGAGACUACUUUAGUCAAAGCUGCUUCAUGGUCUCAGUUUACUGUGAAUAUUGAACAAAAACUUUAUGAGAUCUCCCUUUUUUGCCUGAUGUUAUUGCAAAAGAAAAAUGUGAAAGUGAGUUUAAUAGAGUUUUGAAAACGAUGUCAACGGUCCUUGAUGCUGCCGAGUAUUUUAUCUAUGCAAAAUACCAUACUCUAGCCGCAAAGUACUCUUUAGAUGAGUGUUUGAGUCUCAUAUUUGUAGGUUUUUUAGGAAACGCUGCUAUAAAGCUGCAGAGAUACGAGUGAUGCAGUGCUGCGGGAUGUGAAGUGUUGUGAGCUUGGAUAUCUGCAUUCAGCAAGAGAGAAUUUCACAGUUGCCUACCAAAGUGUUUCAACUCACCAAGACUUGUGUUUGUUGGUAAGCUAAAUUAUCAUAGAAUAAGGAAUGUACAAGAAAUUUUGGAAUAUUUCAGUUUUUUUUUUCUUUUUUGGAGGAAUAGUAAAUCUACAACUAGUCUGUUGAGGAGGUGGAAACUUUAAAUGGAAACACAAAAGAGAUUUGUUCAGAAAUUGCAUUUAAAUGCAAUGAGCACGGUGGUGUGUUUAAGGAACCACUGCAGUGGUCAAACACAUAAAUAUGAUGUAGCUUGAUUUGUGGUUGUGUCCAGUCCUUCAGACCAUCAUUAUCUGGACAAACUGUACUGUAUGGUAGAAACAAUCACAGUUUUAAUGCAGUUCUGGACUCGUCAUGAAUCGUAAAUGUCCAGAAAACAGGAGCUGCACUUGUUUUAAU